CCCAGUUAUUUUCUCUCAAGAGCUGGAGUCAGCCACACCGGAUACAGGAGGGAACUAAAGGAGCAGAUCUUUUAAGGAAGAAGACAGAUUCUUUUCCAUCAGGUUCCUCGGAGUGUGUGUAAGAGCAAGUCAGAGCAGAGAGAGAGGAGAGAGGAAAAGCCAGAGGGAGAGAGGGGGAGAGGGGAUCUGUUGCAGGCAGGGGAAGGCGUGACCUGAAUGGAGAAUGCCAGCCAAUUCCAGAGACACACAGGGACCUCAGAACAAAGAUAAGGCAUCGCUGACACCACACCGGGGACGAGCUCACAGACAAGUCGGGCCAGGAAGACCAAGGCCAGGCAGCCGGGAGCACCCAGGGCAGGAAAAUGAGAAAAAGCAAUCAAGAGUUUAUGAUUCUUAAAUGAAGCUGAGCUGAAGAAAUAUCAACUUUUAUCUAAUUAUGAAAAUUACAUUUUCAACAGUAAAAUGGUGGCUGCUUCUCUAUCAUGCUCUGUGCUUCUUCCUGUCGAAGGCUUCAGCCCACACCGUGGAGCUAAACAAUAUGUUUGGCCAGAUCCAGUCGCCUGGUUAUCCAGACUCCUAUCCAAGUGAUUCGGAAGUGACUUGGAAUAUCACUGUCCCAGAUGGGUUUCGGAUCAAGCUUUACUUCAUGCAUUUCAACUUGGAAUCCUCCUACCUUUGUGAAUAUGACUAUGUGAAGGUAGAAACUGAAGACCAGGUGCUGGCAACCUUCUGUGGCAGGGAGACCACAGACACAGAGCAGACCCCCGGCCAGGAGGUGAUUCUCUCCCCUGGCUCCUUCAUGUCCGUCACUUUCCGGUCAGAUUUCUCCAAUGAGGAGCGAUUCACGGGCUUCGAUGCCCACUAUGUGGCUGUGGAUGUGGAUGAGUGCAAAGAGAGGGAGGACGAGGAGCUGUCCUGCGACCACUACUGCCACAACUACAUUGGUGGCUACUACUGCUCCUGCCGCUUUGGCUACAUCCUCCACACAGACAACAGGACCUGCCGAGUGGAGUGCAGUGACAACCUCUUUACCCAGAGGACGGGGGUGAUCACCAGCCCUGACUUCCCAAACCCUUACCCCAAGAGUUCUGAAUGCUUCUACACCAUCGAGCUGGAGGAGGGUUUCAUGGUCAGCCUGCAGUUUGAGGACAUUUUCGACAUUGAGGACCAUCCCGAGGUGCCCUGCCCCUAUGACUACAUCAAGAUUAAAGCCGGUCCAAACGUUCUGGGGCCCUUCUGUGGAGAGAAAGCCCCAGAACCCAUCAAUACCCAGAGCCACAGCGUCCAGAUACUGUUCCGCAGCGACAACUCGGGCGAGAACCGGGGCUGGCGGCUCUCCUACAGGGCGGCAGGAAACGAGUGCCCAGAGCUACAGCCUCCUGUCAACGGGAAAAUCGAGCCCUUGCAAGCCAAGUAUUCCUUCAAAGACCAAGCGCUCAUCAGCUGUGACACGGGCUACAAAGUGCUGAAGGAUAAUGUGGAGAUGGACACCUUCCAGAUCGAGUGUCUGAAGGAUGGGACAUGGAGUAACAGGAUCCCCACCUGUAAAAUUGUAGACUGUGGAGCCCCAGCAGAACUGGAACAUGGGCUGGUCGCCUUCUCCACAAGGAACAACCUCACCACAUACAAAUCUGACAUCAGAUACUCCUGCCAGCAGCCCUAUUACAAGAUGCUCCACAACAUCACAGGUAUAUAUUCCUGUUCUGCCCAAGGGGUCUGGAUGAACAAAGUUUUGGGAAGAAGCCUGCCUACAUGUCUUCCAGUGUGUGGGCUCCCCAAGUUCUCCCGGAACCUGAUGGCCAGGAUCUUCAAUGGACGCCCAGCCCAGAAGGGCACCACUCCGUGGAUUGCCAUGUUGUCACAGCCGAAUGGGCAGCUCUUCUGUGGGGGCUCCCUUCUAGGCUCCAGCUGGAUUGUGACAGCCGCUCACUGCCUCCACCAGUCGCUGGAUCCAGAGGACCCAACCUUGCACAACUCAGACUUGCUCAGCCCUUCUGACUUCAAAAUCAUCAUGGGCAAGCACUGGAGGAUCCGGUCAGAUGAAAGUGAACAGCAUCUCAGGGUCAAACGCGUCAUCCUCCAUCCCCUGUAUGACCCCCAAACAUUCGAGAACGAUGUGGCUCUGGUGGAGCUCUUGGACAGCCCGAGGCUGAAUCAAUUUGUGAUGCCCAUCUGUCUGCCCGAGGAGACCCCGCAGGAAGGAGCCAUGGUCAUCGUCAGUGGCUGGGGGAAGCAGUUCUUGCAAAGGUUCCCAGAGACCCUGAUGGAGAUUGAAAUCCCGAUUGUUGACCACCACACCUGCCAGGAGGCCUAUGCCCCACUGAAGAGAAAAGUGACCAGGGACAUGAUCUGUGCUGGGGAGAAGGAAGGGGGGAAAGAUGCCUGUGCGGGCGACUCUGGAGGCCCCAUGGUGACCCUGGAUAGAGAAAGAGGACAGUGGUACCUGGUGGGCACGGUGUCCUGGGGCGUGGACUGUGGGAAGAAGGACCGCUACGGAGUGUACUCCUACAUCCACCACCACAAGGGCUGGAUCCAGAGUAUCACCAGCCUGAGGAACUGAAUUCGAUUCCUCAGCCCCAGCACCGCCUGCGGGUCAGUCAGCAGCAGAGAAUAAUUAUCUGGUGCAAGCCGGCCAUCCUUCCUCUGCCCCUGGCCCUUCACCUCCCUAAUUCAGCCCACCCAUUGCUGGGCAAUAGAGGGGCAUCCCCGCCCCCAUUCACUCUGUAUAAGGAGGCAGAGCAGCAGAGUGGUCAGAACAGAGUCAAGUCUGGUCUCUACCACCAGCUUUGCAAUGCUAGGCUGGUGACUUCACCUCUUUGAACCUCAGUUUCUUCAUCCGUAAGACGGAAAUGGCAUACCCUACCUACCUCAUAAAAGUCUGAUGAGGAUGAAAUUAAUUGCCAGGUGUGCAGCACUUAACACAGUGCAUAGCAUAAACUAAGUGUUCAAUAAAUGUGAUGUAGCAGAAGGUCAAUGUGUCUACCAGGCAGACCAAGUUCUCUUACAAACUCCUGGCUGGGUUUUAGAGCUGAUUAGGGACACACCUCAACAUUGACCCGCUCCUUCAUCUGCCCCCAGAUGCUCUAUGCUGCUUGCCGUUAUGCAACCUUCCCAGCUCCAAUCCCCACCCUCCCCUCAUAAAGAAGUGAAACAGACAAGGUUCUUAGUCCCAUGGCAUGUCCCUUAGCAACAUACUUGUGAACACGAGCUAGAUACCAAAUUGGGAGAGUGCCUGAGAGAAGCAGGGGCAGAGGAGCCUGGGAAUGGUGGAUUGGGGAGGCAGACACCUGGUUCUACAGCUGGCUCUGCCCCCAGCUCCCUGUGUGACCCUGUGCAAGUCCUUUCCCCUCAUCUCAAAGGACCUCCCAGCUCUGACAAUCUAGGGUCUCAUGAGGCCAUUUUCUUCCCUGAUGAGUUAAAGCCAAUGUAACCGAAAGGCAAAAAUUACAUUAGGUUCCAAGGGGCUUAGAUACAGACAAGAUACUACUGUUGCUCCUGCAGCACCCACCCCCAUCCAUCACAUGCUGGUUCCCAAGGAUAUGGCCCAGGCUAAGUGCUGGCCAAGGGGUCUUUCCUUACUACUAAGCAGAGCAUUCACUCUGGGCCCUAGCCUCCUUCCCUUCCUGGGAACCUGGGCUGCACAGGGUGGGUCCUAACAGGCUAGAGCUCAUGUCCCUGCACUCUCCCUCGCUACAUCCACCGCUGACCCCACACAGCCAUUUCCCCUGACUCCUCACCCCUGUGCCUCACCCUGAACUCCCUAGCCCUGUAAGGUCCUAAAUGUUUCCCAAGCAGAAUGCCUCCCCCAUCCUCUCUCAGGAAGCUUCCGUAGACCUUAUCCCCUCCCGAGCACCAAGAUAUAAGCCCUUCAAAGGGAUCAAGAGGGCUGAUCCCAAGUUCCUGUCUUCUGUUCUAUCAAAACUGGUCUUCAUGGGGGAUUUUAGCUCUUGACCUUAUGCAGCUGCUGCAGUCAUUCCUGGUCUCUUGCUGAAAGAGGAAGAUAAUGAAGAAUGAGAACUUAUGGGCAUUAGGCCCUAGGCUGAACACUCAGGGACAGCAAUCCACAGCCUGCCGCUAGUACUGUGAGGAAGUUGGUUCUACCUCUCUGUGCCCUGCUAUUUAUUCUAUAAAGAAAACAUGGCAAUGGGACCCAAUUCCAUCAGACACUAGUCAAGCAAGCUGGAGCUCUAUUUUAAAUGCCAAAGAAUUAUGAUGCAACUUUUGGAAUUGCCACAAGGAAUUCCAAGAUAUCAUACUACUUCACAGUACUGCCAUGUCCCAGGCUGUGCUGGCUGCUAUGGGGACUACCAGAUGAGGAGAGUACAAUUCCUGCCUUCUGGAAACUCCUAGAGGGAGAUAUAUGAUUCAGAAGUAAGUGACUACUGUGCAAUAGAACGAACCCCAGCAAGUGCUAUGUCUUGGAGAGGCAUGGAAGCAGAAGAAAGUCCAUUCUGGUACAGAGGUAUGGAGGAGGCAAUACCAGGGAGGCUUCCCGGAGGAGAUGGUGCUGGAGCAGAGUGUUAAGGAGGGUGGGCAUUUCCACAGGUAAGACAGAGGGAGGCCUUCCAGAUGGAGGGAGAACAAGAAUCAAUGUCCACUCAAGCUUUCCUUGGAUUAUACCACCUCCUCUCACAAAAACAACAUGUGCAUAGACCAGUGUUCUGGGAUCAAAACCAACAUCUAAGAGAGCCCUUCUCCUUAAAGUUAGAAUACUAAACAGAACUCAAAACAGCUUCAGGAUUGAUGUAUGGAUAAUGACUUCUGGCUGGACCCAGUUUAUUCUGUUUAUUUCCCCAAUUGCAACUUCAUCCUUAUUCUGAGAAAAUGUUUAAACAGGCCAUGAAACUUAGGCUUCCCUGUCAUUCUACAAAUAUUUAUUAGAUGUUCCAGCUCUUGCACUGCUGCUCAGGUCCAAGAAGCCCAAAUCUCCCAUAGAGUCACAGAAGCAAAUGGUUGGCAUGUCUGAUAGGAUCACCUUAUCUAGCUCCAUGACCUCAUUCUUGAGCAUUUCUAGUGAUGAGAAAUUCACUACCUCCAAACGUAGCCCAUUCCAACUUUAAAAUGUGCUGCCUCUUAAAAAGGUCUGUCUUCUAUGCAACCAAAAUCCACCUCCCUAGAAUACAGUUUGUGUAACUAAAGCUACGAUUUCAUACCAUGAUGCUGUUAUUAACAAUAACAAUCAUGCCCAGAUUUUAUUAACAGCAGAAGCUGUUGUUGUUAUGGGAAACUACACAUUUGUUCCAAUAAACAUCUGCAUUCA